AAUGACGUACCUUAAUUUCAAACAAAAAAUGAUGUACCUUUAAUAUUUUUAUUUGUUUUAUUUUAAACAUGUAUUAUUAUUAGUAAUAAUAAUUGAAAAGAGAAGAAAGAAAGGAAGAAAAAGAGAAAUUGAGAUUGAGAAAAGAUGGAAUGAAUGGAAAUGGGGGAGGUUGUAUCAGUGCGUGCAACAACAUAGCUGAAGCUUCGUUCUGAGACAAACUACCCCCAUUGUUGUUAUUAUUAUUAUUCUUUUCUUUUCUCAACAACCCAAUCACAAACCCUACAAUUUCCAAUUCCCAAUUUCGGAUCAUUAAUUCAUUCCCAUUUUCAAACCCUAAUUCAAAUCAAUAAUUUUGAAUGCAGUAGCAGCUUCCAAUGACUUCAUCGGAGAUCGAAGUUGUAUCAUCGGACUCCAAACCCCAACAACAACAGCAGCAACAACAACCUCCCAUACUCGACGUUUUUACUGCCUCUAUCCAUGGUGACUUGCAAAAAUUGAGAACCUUUGUUGAACAAGACGGUGCCUCUGUUUCUCUUCCAGAUAUUAAUGGCUAUUAUGCUCUUCAAUGGGCUUCUCUUAAUAACUUCCAUGACAUUGUUCAUUAUCUCAUUCAGCAUGGUAGUAAUGUCAAUGCUAAAGACAACAUGCAACAAACGGCUUUACAUUGGGCGGCAGUUCGCGGGUCAAUUGCAGCAGCUGAUGUGCUCUUGGAGAAUGGUGCUAGGGUUGAAGCUUCUGAUAUAAAUGGAUACCGGGCAGUUCAUGUUGCUGCACAAUAUGGACAGACAGCUUUCUUAAAUCACAUUGUUGUAAAAUACCAUGCUGAUUUUGAUGUGCCUGAUAAUGACGGAAGGAGUCCUCUACAUUGGGCUGCGUAUAAGGGAUAUGCUGAUGCAACAAGAUUACUUCUAUUUAGAGAUGCAAGUCAAGGAAGACAAGAUAAAGAUGGUUGUACCCCGUUGCAUUGGGCAGCAUUAAGAGGACAUUCAGAGGCAUGUGCUGUGCUUGUGCAUGCUGGGACAAAGGAAGAAUUGACGGUGAAGGACAAUGCAGGAUUCACUCCUGUACAGCUUGCAUUUGAUAAAGGUCAUCGACAUGUCGCCCCUUUCCUUGCUAAUCAACAACGGUCUCAUAACAACCCCUGGAGACGCAAACUUUAUUGUGGGAUGGUAACAGAUAUUGGUUAUGCUCCCAUUUUAUUGUGUGUUAUAGUCUCUCUCUCUAUCCUCUUCGUCCAUUCAGUUGUUGCAGCUCCUAACCUUAAAAAGAUAACCGCCGCUGUUGGAUUUUGGUCAUGGAUAGCUAUAUCUUCUUCUGCUGCUUCCUUGGUUAUGUUUUAUAGGUGUAGUAGUAAAGAUCCAGGUUAUAUAAAACGGCCAGGAGAGGGUACUCUAAGCGAUACAGAGGAUCCUUUGUUGAAUAUUGAGCUGAAUAGUUCCUCUGUUUGGAUGGGAAAUUGGUCUCAACUCUGCCCUACCUGCAAGAUCAUAAGACCUGUCCGCUCUAAGCAUUGCCCUACUUGUAAGCGUUGUGUAGAGCAGUUCGACCACCAUUGUCCAUGGAUAUCUAAUUGUGUUGGGAAGAGGAACAAAAGGGAUUUCUUUAUUUUUAUCUGCUUGGGAACUAUAACUGCCUCCUCCAGUGCUGUCGUUGCAAUUCAUAGAAUUUGGACAUCAAUACCAGCAUUACCGGCAGGAGAAACAUGGAUCCAUCAGGUAUUAGUAAGACAUCCAGGUCUUGUUGCUUUUUUGGUGAUGGAUGCUGUUGUCUUCGUUGCAACUACAACUUUGACAGUAACACAGGCUUCCAUGAUAGCACGAAAUGUGACCACAAACGAAAUAGCAAAUUCCUCACGGUAUGAGUACCUUCGCGGUCCUGAUGGGAAGUUCAGAAACCCAUAUAAUCAUGGUUGGUGGAAGAACUGUGCUGAUUUCCUUUUUCUGGGCCACACAGAUGAUGAUGAUAUUGCUUGGCCUCCAUUACAGCAGGUGGCUACUUAGAGCAAUUUCCAUUGCUUUGUGUAUACAUCCUGUGUUAUAUGAUUACUUGGUUCUAAUUCAUAGAUAUAUACCAGUCAUUUGAAGGCUGUUCAUUUACUGACACAUGUACAUUGGAUUGGAUUACAACACAGAAAUAAAACUUGUUUUUGGUCCUCAGAAAA